AUGGGGGAACGAGGUCCAGAUCAAUGGUUAGAGCAGAUUAAAAAAUGUAUAGCCCUAACUGAAUCAGAGAUGAAACAAUUAUGUGAGCUUGUUAAAGAAUUAUUGAUGGAAGAGUCAAAUAUUCAGCCCGUCCAAUCACCAGUAACAGUAUGUGGCGAUAUACAUGGACAAUUUCACGAUUUGCUAGAACUAUUCAGAAUCUCUGGUGGUUUGCCGAGCGAUGAUCAUCAAACAAACUAUAUUUUCUUGGGUGACUAUGUCGACAGAGGCUAUUUUUCAUUAGAAACAUUUACAUUGUUGAUGGUUUUAAAAGUCAAGUAUCCUCAUCGAAUCACUUUGGUACGAGGAAACCACGAAUCACGUCAAAUUACCCAAGUUUAUGGAUUCUACGAAGAGUGUCUAACAAAGUACGGCUCAAGUACAGUAUGGAAAUACUGUUGCCAAGUAUUUGAUUUCCUAACUUUGGCAGCUAUAAUUGAUGGCAAGAUUCUUUGUGUUCAUGGUGGAUUGUCUCCCGAAAUUAGAAUGUUAGAUCAAAUUAGAGUCUUAUCCCGAGCUCAAGAAGUUCCUCAUGAAGGUGGUUUCUGCGACUUGGUGUGGUCUGAUCCUGAUAACGUUGAUACUUGGGCAGUGUCACCUCGUGGUGCAGGCUGGUUAUUUGGCUCAAAAGUAUCAAGAGAAUUCAACCAUAUUAAUGAUUUACAAUUGAUUGCAAGAGCUCAUCAACUAGUUAUGGAAGGGUUCCGAUAUCAUUUUAAGGAGAAAGAUGUCGUGACUGUGUGGUCCGCACCAAACUACUGUUAUAGAUGUGGUAAUGUUGCCAGUGUUAUGCAAAUUGAUGAAGAUUUAGAGCCAAAUUUCAAAAUUUUUAGCGCUGUUCAAGAUGGAGACUUGACUAUAAAGAAUAGCAAUACUACAAAACUGCAAAGAAGUGAUUAUUUUUUAUAA